UUAGUAUUCAAGCCAACCUGCCCAUUUACAUCCCUAUAGUAAUUAACGGCACAAUUACUAAGUCAGGUAACUUUUAACCGCUGAUCAGAACAUAAUUCGGCCAUACUAAGUCACUCACUGCAACUCUGGUCCUGAGUUACAUGUGCUAACGAGUUCCGGCCAUGAAGUGCCGAUCCGUGGCGUGCAUUUGGUCGGGCACGCCUCUGGCUCAUCGAGUCACAGCCACCGCAGCACUCACUCAACCCCCGACUCUUUACACUGGUGGAUCCGAUGGCUCCAUCUUCUGGUGGGCCGUCUCCUCCGACGACUCCAAUUCCAACUUGGAAAUUAAACCGGUUGCUAUGUUGUGUGGGCAUGCUGCGCCAAUAGCCGAUCUUGGUAUUUGUUAUCCUACUGUAGUUCCAGGAGAAGAUUCAAGUAAUGUUGCGGCAAACUCUUGUUUAGAUAAUGGUGCAUUAAUAAGUGCGUGUGCUGAUGGUGGGUUGUGUGUGUGGAGCAGAAGCAGUGGACAUUGUAGACGUAGAAGAAAACUACCCCCCUGGGUUGGCAGUCCAUCAAUUGUUUGCACACUGCCCUUGACCCCACGAUAUGUAUGUAUUGGAUGUUGUUUUGACGAUGCUAGUCGAUUAUCUGACCAUCAUUCUUUUGAUUCAGUUGAAGGGGACGAGGUUCAAAAUAGGAAACCACCUAAGUGUGCCGUGGUUAUUGUUGAUACAUAUGGACUUACCAUAGUUCAAACUGUUUUUCAUGGCAAUUUAUCUAUAUGUAAUUUGAAGUUUAUGGCUGUAGUUUCAGUGGGUGAGGACAGGGAGAAGCAUUCUGCACUCAUGGUUGAUUCAUUUGGUAGGUUGCAAUUGGUUCCAAUAUCAAAGGAGUCCCAACCAGAUGGGGAGGGGGGGACUGGAUUGCAUAAAAGUUCUUCACAGUUGGAUAUGGCUGCUUGGGCAGAUGGGGUUGUUGAGGGAGGACGGCUUGUGUCAGUUGCAACCUGUGGGAAUAUUAUUGCUCUUGUAUUUAAAGAUCUCUGCAUAUUUAGGCUGUUGGAAAGUGGCAGUACAAUUGGGGAGAUUUCUUUUGUGGACAGUCACUUUUGUCUUGUAGGUGAUUCUGCUCACUCAUAUGUUAUAGGGUGCAUGUUUCUUGAAAGUGGUGAUGCUGAGAAAACUGUGGAUACCAAAGAAGCCCACGAAUCAUUUUUGGAAUAUUUUGCUGUGUGGAAUAAUAGAGGAUUUGUAGUUGUGUACGUCAUAUCAUAUAUGAUUGACAAAUUUAAGUGUGAUCUUCAUUGUGAGAUCCCAGCUGUUUCCUAUCCCUCUGAUGUCAGAUAUUCCAUUUGUUUCAUUCAAAUUAACCUUUACCUUCUACGUAUUGAAUCCGUUUGCUUUCAUGCUGAAGAACUUUCACAGUGGAGACCACAUGUCACAGUUUGGUCCCUACAUCAGAAACAUGAUGGCUAUGGAAAGCUCUGCCCUCAGAGUAGAAUGGUUGGGAAAGGCAUUUCUUUUAUUGACUGGAUUUCUAAGUCUACUUUGCUUAGUGAAAACGAGGGCUUUGGCAGUGAGAAAACUAAUUUAACUUCUUGGCAAAAUAGUGGUCCUUGUGACGAAAAUGCAUAUAAUAGACCAGUGGAUGGUGGAAGUGAUGGUUUUGUGUCUAAGGAAAAGGUUGUAUCUUCUUCUAUGGUUAUUUCUGAAAAUUUAUAUGCUCCUUAUGCUAUUGUUUAUGGCUUCUGUAGUGGUGAGAUAGAAAUUGUACAAUUUGAUUACUUUGAGGGACUUGAUUCACCUGCUACAAGUCCUCGCCAAGGAGUGGAUUCACCUGUAUCCAGGCAAAGUUUGUCAGGACACUCAGGGGCUGUGCUAUGUUUGGCUGCACAUCGGCUGGUGGGCAGUGCCAAAGGAUGGAGUUUCAAUCAGGUUCUUGUUUCUGGAAGUACAGAUUGCACGAUUCGUAUAUGGGAUCUUGGGACCGGCAAUCUUAUCACAGUCAUGCACCACCAUGUGUCUCGAGUUCGCCAAAUAAUUUUUUGCCCUCCACGAACUGAACAUCCAUGGAGUGACUGCUUCCUGUCUGUCAGUGAGGACUUUUGCGUUGCUCUUGCUUCUCUUGAGACUUUGCGGGUGGAGAGAAUGUUUCCUGGACACCCAAAUUACCCUGCAAAAGUUGUUUGGGAUGGUCCAAGAGGUUAUAUUGCUUGCCUUUGUCGGGAUCAUUCAAGAACAUCUGAAGCUAUUGAUGUUUUAUACAUAUGGGAUGUAAAGACAGGUGCUCGAGAGCGAGUCCUUCGUGGAACAGCUUCUCAUUCAAUGUUCGAUCAUUUCUGUAAAGGCAUCAGUAUGAAUUCAGUUUCUGGCUCUGUGUUGAACGGGAAUACCUCAGUUUCAUCUUUACUUCUUCCAAUACAUGAAAAUGAGAGAGGAAUCACUUCGUCUAAAAUAACUGAGUCCAAUACUUCCCAAGCACAUGUUACCAAAGGAAAUUCAGGAAAAGUAUCUGCAAAUGUACCCUUUGUUCGUCAAAGGAAAAAGCAACUCAUCAAGUGCUCUUCCCCAUAUCCUGGAAUUGCUGCUUUGAGCUUUGAUCUUGCGUCAUUCAUGUUUCCUUAUCAGAAUCAUCAGUCCACCACGAAGAAUAUAGAUAAGCAAGAAUUUGUAAAUGUGAAGGAACAGGAAACUGGGACACCAAGCCCCCACCAUAGUAGUGAUGAUGGUUCUGAUAUGCGCGGUUCGUCAACCGUAACCACAGAAGAACAUGCCUGGAUUAGGUCACUUGAUGAAUACAUGCUUCGUUUUAGCUUGUCAUUUUUGCAUUUGUGGAAUGCAGAUAGGGAACUUGAUAAGUUGCUAAUAAAUGACAUGAAGCUUAAGAGACCAGAAAACUUUAUUGUAGCAGCUGGUUUGCAAGGUGAAAAGGGGUCUUUAACAUUGACUUUUCCUGGUUUGAGAGCUAUUCUUGAGCUUUGGAAAUCAUCAUCAGAGUUUUGUGCAAUGAGGUCAUUGACUAUGGUAUCCCUUGCUCAACGUAUGAUUAGCUUGUCUCACUCCAGUUCUGCAGCUAGCAGUGCGUUAGCAGCCUUCUACACUCGUAAUUUUGCUGAAAAAUUUCCUGAAAUAAAGCCGCCAUUACUUCAGCUCUUUGUGAGUUUCUGGCAAGAUGAAAGCGAACAUGUACGUAUGGCUGCACGCUCUUUAUUCCACUGUGCUGCCUCUCGAGCAGUUCCUCUCCCGCUUCGUAGUCUAAAAGCAGCUGGUGAUGCAAAACUUGUGAGGUCUCUGUCUACAGCUGGAGAUGAUGAACAUUAUAUAUCAAACAGAGAAGUAACAUCUACUAAUGGAUCAGAUUCUGAAUUGACGCCGGAAUCACAAAGGAUUUCUCAGGUUGAGGAAUCUAAAUCACUUGCAUGGCUGGAAUCAUAUGAAGUGCAAGAUUGGAUUUCUUGCGUUGGAGGAACAAGUCAAGAUGCAAUGACUUCUCAUAUCAUCGUUGCAGCAGCAUUGGCUAUUUGGUACCCUAGCCUUGUGAAGCCAACUCUUGCCAUGCUGGUUGUACAUCCAUUGAUGAAGCUGGUUAUGGCAAUGAAUGAGAAAUAUAGUUCCACUGCAGCAGAGCUGCUUGCAGAAGGUAUGGAGAGUACAUGGAAGACAUGCAUUGUUUCUGAAAUACCUCAUCUAAUUGGAGAUAUAUUCUUCCAGAUAGAGUGUGUAAGUAGUCCAUCAGUUAACUCAUCUGCAGAACAUCCAGCUGUACCAGGAUCAAUUCGGGAGACCUUGGUUGGAACUCUUCUUCCAAGUCUGGCAAUGGCUGAUAUUCUAGGUUUUUUUAAUGUAGUAGAAAGCCAAAUCUGGUCUACCGCAUCUGAUUCACCUGUUCACCUGGUAUCUCUCAUGACUGUUGUCAGGGUUGUGCGUGGUUCUCCAAGAAGCUUAGCUCAGUACCUUGAUAAGGUGGUUAACUUCAUUUUACAAACUAUGGACCCUGGAAACUCAGUCAUGCGCAGAACUUGCCUUCAAAGUUCAAUGACAGCAUUAAAGGAAGUUGUACGUGUAUUUCCUAUGGUAGCCCUGAAUGACACAUCAACUAAAUUGGCUGUUGGGGAUGCAAUUGGAGAGAUUAAGAAUGCAAGCAUUCGAAUAUAUGACGUGCAAAGUGUGACAAAAUUAAAAGUCUUGGAUGCAAGUGGACCUCCUGGACUUCCAAGUUUGCUUUCAGGAACAUCAGAAACAAUGGUAACUACUGCGAUUUCAGCACUGAGCUUUUCACCAGAUGGAGAGGGACUGGUUGCUUUUUCCGAGCAUGGUUUGAUGAUUAGAUGGUGGUCAUUGGGAACUGUAUGGUGGGAGAAACUGAGCAGAAACUUGGUUCCAGUUCAAUGCACCAAACUUAUAUUUGUCCCUCCAUGGGAGGGAUUCUCACCGAAUACUUCUAGGUCUAGCAUAAUGGCAAGCGUAAUGGGACAUGAUAAAGAGGCCAGUUUGCAGGAGACCACAAAGAGUUUGAGCUAUGCGGACAGCUUGAAAUCAUUGAUUCAUAAUCUUGACCUCUCUUACCGGUUGGAAUGGGUUGGUGAACGUAAGAUACUUCUGACAAGACACGGUCUUGAAUUAGGCACCUUCCAGUUAUAAGCAUCCUAUCCUGUAGAUUCUUAUGGAGUGGAUUGCAGACAGUCUUCUUUAUGGUUUAAAGUUAAGAGGUCUUCUUAGGGUUGCAUAGUUCCAGAUGCAGUUUUCUCUAGAAGAGCAUUGUUUUCAAGAUUUAUGUCUGUGCUGGUGCUGGUUUGGUAGACUGAUAAGAAGUUUGCUACAUGAAGCAUGAACAAUUCAACUCAAUUCUUCUGUGUUUGCUACAAGUAGAUAUCAGCGCAUAAUAAUGUAAGUUAUGUAACUAUUCAUUUACCAAAUUUUGAAUUGGUUGGAGGGGAAUCCGAUUGCCCUGGUCCUUCCUAUUCCUAUAUGCUCUGCCCUGCCGGAAGAUUUCAUGUACUUUUGUAUGAAUUCUAGCAUUAGAUUGCUAAAUUAAUGAGAAUGCACAUGCUGUUCAUCAGCAUUCAUAUUCUUUUACGCAAAAGCCUUUACCAUGGAGGUCCAUUAGCACACGUAUAUCAUUAUCAUCCCAACAUCAUCACCUCGGAAAUGGGCUCAUUAUCUCAUUACCAUUGAUAUUUUCCAAAACUAAAAUAUGGGAUUUUCCUAUCCCAUGUUCAUAAUAUUUGAGCAUGUACUAUAACAAUGUAAUUGACUGAAAAUUGGCCUCAUUUU